AUGGGCCGAGACUGGAUCGCCAUCCCGAUAAGUUGCAUUUUCUUAUUUGCGUCGUCAAAUGAACUCGCCCGUGACCCGCAAGCCGAGCCUGAAGCGCCCGCAAGCCGCGACGUUGUCGCCGACCUCGAAGCGCGCACGCCUCAUUGGCAACUUUACGAUCUCGGUCUCGGCCAAUUUGCUCAAGUCGUCGGACGCGUACCGCGGCCGGUGCAAGUACAAGAGCGGGCGCUGCCCGAACGAGCGCACGCUCAAGUUUAGCGGCGAAGCCCACACGCUCUGCGAAGAGCACCGGCUAAAGCACAACAAGAACCAGCGAAAGUCGGACGCCAAGCGACGCGGCGCCAAGCCCGUCAAGAAGGAGCCCAAGACGACGACGACGACCAAGACCACGACCAAAACGCCGGCGGAAUGCAUCAAGAGCGAGCGCAUGGACCAUAUCAAAGACGAAGUCGUGACGAUCAAGCUCGAGCCCGGGCUUCAGAUGGACGGGAUGGAGAUGCUCUCGGCCGACGACCUCGGCCCCGAGUUUGAGCUGGAAGAGAUGGACAUGACGGAGCCCGAGACGUGGUCGGACGACGAAGUCGAGAUCCUCAAGCACAUUUUCGAGUCGUAGCCGUCGUCGCGUCGCAAUUAGUUAGUUAUUCCCUAUUAAAGUGCCCUAAUAAUUGAAGUAGUAGUCCUUACACGUG